UCCUCAUCGAGCGAGCUCAGGAGCUUCAUCGCCGGAGUUCAUGGCGUCUUCGUCUUCGUCGUCGACGAGGAUCGAGAAGGUCCGAAGGAUCUUCGACCGCUUCGAUUCUAACAACGAUGGAGGUCUUGAUCGCUCGGAAAUGGCGGAGCUUGUGGUGGCAGUGAACCCCUCGGUGCCCUUCACUCCGGACCAGAUCUCCUCCAUCGUCGACGAGGUCUUCCGCUCUUACUCCGACUUCGUCUCUGAUCCUCAUGCCGGCCUCUCCCUUCCCGGCCUUCUCCGCACUUACGACGACGGCGCCGGCGAUCUAGACCGUGACCUCGCCGCCCUCAAUCUCAGCGAUUUCCCUAACUCUAGCUCAACCGCGAGCCCCUCCUGGAUCUCCUCCACCAAUCAAGGCAUCAUCCAUGAAUCUACCAGGAAAACCAUCCACGACCUCGAGUCCCUAAUCAGAACCCGCCUCAUUGCUUCAAAUCGAUCGAGAAACCCUAGAAAUCCCAAUGAAUGGAGUUCAGAGAGCGCCUGGUCGGCGGACCUUAGCGCCAUUUACACCUCAAAGUCCAGCGAUUGCAAGACAUUCUUGAAAGCUUUGAACGAGAUCCGAGCUCAUGUGGAUCUCUCUCCGACUACCGAUGAAGCUUUCAAUGGCCACAUGGCCAUUGGCCGGACUCUCUACGACCACAAGCUCUUCUCUGAGUCCAUUCACAGCUUCACUCGCUCAUCGGACCUCCGUCCCUCCGACGCCCGGCCACACUUCCACAAAGGCAACGCCUUGUGGUCUCUCGGCCGCACCUCCGAGGCUCGUCAGUCCUAUUCCAUCGCAUUAGAAGCUUCCGAGGCUGAUGCUCUCCAAUGGUCAUCACUGCUUCCCCAAAUCCAUGUCAAUUUGGGCAUAGCUAUGGAGAGCGAUGGAUUACUAAUCAAUGCAGCAGAGCAUUACCGUGAAGCUGCCAUCCUUUGCCCAACCCAUUACCGAGCUCUGAAACACCUCGGCAGUGCUUUGUUCGGUGUCGGUGACUAUCGCUCCGCCGAGAAGGCACUGGAGGCUGCAGUGUCCCUCAGCCUCAACUUUGCCGAUGCACAUUGUGAUCUUGGCUCUGUUUUGCAUGCAAUGGGCGACAAUGACCGUGCCUUUGCUGCGCUGCAGCGUGCUAUUGAUUUGAAUCCUGAUCAUUUGGAUGCUCUGUAUAAUCUUGGAGGUUUGUUCAUUGAUGCAGGGAGGUAUCAAAGAGCUGUUGAAAUGUAUGGGAGGGUGAUCAGUCUCCGUCCUGAUCACUGGCGCGCUCAUCUCAACCGGGCUGCAGCAUUGUUAGGCGCCGGAGAGGCUGAGGAAGCGAAGAAAGCAUUGAAUGAGGCUUUCAAGCUGACAAAGAGAUUGGAGUUGUAUGAUGCUAUCUCGCAUUUUAAAAAUGGUGGUGCCGAGUUUAUCGUUGUUGAUGCUGCGAAAUUCCUGCCGGGGAAUGGUAAGACGAUGUCCCCUGAACAUUUAUCGGAUGCUCUGAGGAUUCGAAAUGUGCAGAAGAUGGCAAAGUUGGGGAGAUGCAGUGUGAUGGUUUGGAAAGAUGAGAUUGGAAAACAGAGUUUGCAUGAGAGGAAAUUGAGGAAGUCUGAAUUGGAGAUUAUUCUUCGGAAACAUCUUUGUUUUCUUCAGCCAGAGUGCUUUCAGAGCGCCGUGAAGGCUGUCGAUGAGAAGGUUUUGGUGGCUUUGGAUGUUACAGGCUCAGGGAAGGUAGACCUUGGCAUGUUCAUUGCAAUUGUUGCGCCUAUUUGUGCAGGCUCAGCGGAGAAGCGAAAACGGGCAGCAUUUGAUGCUCUUCGGUGGCGUUCGACAAAAUACGAAUAUCAGGGAGAGAUUGCAAAGGUGGAUGCUGCUGUUUAUCUGAGGUACAUGAGGGCAAUCUACUACCCUUCACAAAUGCUCACUGAUAUGAUGGAAGGUUAUGAAGAAGAACAUGAGAAGAUGAUGAUUUCAUUCCAUGAAUUUGUUGAUAUGUUUGAUGACAUUGAUUAUGGUUUUGGAAUCUUGAAUGCUUUGAUGAAGCUUGAGGAUGCUGAGAUAGUAUACAAUAAGAGCAAACAAUGCUGCAGUGUUUGUAAGUAUAGAAUCACUGGAUUGAUGUUCAGGGAGACUACAUCUUCAAAGUUUCGGUUGUGUUCCAGUUGUUACAGUGAGUGCAAGGUUCCCAAAGCUUAUCAGAAAGAAGAAUAUAAGUUCAAAUGAAUGCAAGAUUGAGUGAAUCCUCUGGUGAGUUAUCUCUUGUAUAUUCUCUUCUUUUCUUGUAGAUAAAUAACUUUACAGUGAGUUUUUUUGUUGGAAAGAUCUCAUAUAUGAGUUUUGGAUUGUUUCAAUGAUUCA